AUGCAGAUAAAAGACAAAUCAAGAAGGAUUCAGGGCACAUUAAGGGGUCACAAAGCCGUAAUUACAGCAAUUGAGUUGGUAUACUUGCCUACAUCGAUCACUUUUACCGAUCAAAGCACAAAUAUCACACAAGACACACAAUUUCUUCGUCCAUCAUUGCUAACUGGAGAUGAAACGGGUCUAGUUAUUUGGUGGGAUCUUGCAACACGUCGACCGAUUUCAAAAUGGCAAGCACAAGGUCAUAAAGGCUCAAAACUUCCAUGUGGAGUAACUACACUUCAACAACUCGGAUUGACCUGGCACAACUUCGAAAAUAGGUCAUUUGAGGUUCCUGAGAUCGAUUUACAGUGGUACGGAUGUGUUCUCAGCCAUGGAAAGGACGGUGAAGUGAAGAUAUGGCGUUUAUUUGAGGCUGUUUCAUGCGGAGAUCACGGAUUGGCAUUUAAACCGAUGAUGUUGGCAAAACAGAAACUACCAACACCAAUAUUUACGAUGCCUGUGAACAUGCUGAACUUCAGCAAUGUUGAAAUGCACUCUGGGGGCGUUAUUGCCACUCCAGGGACCCAGGACACGGGUGCAUUCGAUGUGUACGAGAUAAGCGCACCCAGCGCUGUCACCGAUAAGCGCACCCCUGCGCUCAGCCGUAAAUUGAAAGCCGUGGACAUCUCCAAGUUUAUCGAAAUUCAGCAUGAUCAAGCUACAGAUACGGUAUCUGGGCAGAGGGCAGGUUUUGGUAUUGUCAUGAAGGUGCGCUGGAUUGGCACAGAAAGGCUUGCAGUUGGUUAUGAAAGUGGCGCAGUUGUAAUUUACAGAAUUGAUCGGCAAGACGAAAAAAAUUGGAAAAUACAACCGGUUGUUGUUGAUUAUACACACAAACCAGAGCCUAUAACGGCUUUGUUGUAUGACAAUGUGCGAGAUAUAGUGUUAACAGGGUCUUCUACUGACAAAAUAGCAUGGCUUUGCAAUGCAAAACAUCUAAAUGAUACUAACAAUGGUAUUUUUGACAGCACAGAAUGCACUAAGGUGUACCAUAUGGAGCACAACGGCAUUUCGGACAUUAGUAUUUCAACUAGUGGCCAUGUUGGUGUGGUUACGUGGGAUGGGUAUAGCCGAUUUUACGAGUAUACGGAUGGAGAAGUGGAAAACAGCAGUUUGAAGUUUGUGUUUAAAGUAAAGCGUCAAAUGCCAUCGAUAGCAGAUAACAGGUUGUAUGCAACCGAUGAUAUCAAGCAGCAGGAUAUGCUCCAUCCGCAGAAAGCGUCGGUUGUGUUAUACUCAAAGAGGCAAGUGGAGUAUUAUGCAUUAAAGGAGAAAAGAGAGAUUUUGUAUAAUAACGGGAUGAGCAAAAAUCUCGUGAGACGAAGAUUGGAGCGGGAUCUGGACAGCAGAUGGAUGCUGAUUGGAUAUAAGGAUGGCCGGGUGGCUGUGUACAAGCUUGAAGCUGAGUGA